AUGACAGGAGCUGCAUGUGCCCAAAAACUGGCUGAAAAUGGUGCAUCUGUGACAAUUUUUGAGGCAGGACGUGGCGUUGGUGGUCGUAUGUCAACACGGAAAACUGAAGAGGGCUUUCAGUUUGAUCAUGGGGCCCAAUAUAUAUCAUCGUCAAAGACAGAGGAAUUCAGAACUACCCUGUCUGCGUGGGAAAAGAGCGGUUGGAUAGAGUCAUGGGAAGGUGAUUUCUGCACAGUUGAUGUUGACGGGAUUCUGAAGUCUGAUGAUGCGAAGAAGGAACGAUGGGUAGGAUGCCCAUCAAUGAAUACGAUUUGUGAGAAUCUGCUUGACCAUAAGUCCAUUCAACUUUAUCUGCAAUGCAGAGCGAAAGCAGUUUGGAAAGAUGACAAAUCACAAUGGGAAUUGUUUUCGACAGGUGAAAACGAAAUUUUUUUGGGGUGCUUCGAUUGGCUGAUAGCGACAGAUAGAAUAAGUGCGGCUCCGUUUCGAGACGACUUCUCAAACGCCUCUCUUGAUCAGCACCGACACGAUGUCUCCAAAAUUCAAUCUGUCCGAGCCCUUGCUGCCAUGGUCGUUUUUGAUCGACCAAUUACGACGUUGUCAAUGAAUGGGAUUCUAUUCGAUAAUAAGCCAUAUGACAAAUCAUCACCACUAUCAUUGGGUUGGGCGGCAAGAGAUUCUUCCAAGCCGGGCAGAAAAGGCGAAAAUGAUGAUCGGGAAUGCUGGGUGCUACAGACAUACCCAGAAGCAGCAGAAGCGAUCUUGAAUGAAAUUAAUGACGACGACGACGACGACCUAGACGCAAUCCGAGAACGCGCCCGAGAGGUUCUUGUCUCUGAUUUUAUCAAGUUUCUGAAGGAGAGAAGUAGCAGUGAUAGUAUGGAAGUCCCAAAAGUUGUAGCAUCCUUUGGACAUCGUUGGGGUGCAGCAUUUCCAAUUGCUGGGGAGCACUAUUCAAACAGAGAAGUCCAGACAUAUCCAUCGAGAAGCUUUAUCUCGUGUGGCGACUAUUUUGGGAAGUUAUCGGGGAGAAUAGAGGGUGCAUAUCUCAGUGGUAUCGCAGCUGCGACCGAGUUGCUACACUCUGAGUCGGUCGAGGUUCCAAGAUAA